AUCCAUUGUAUCUCUCACCCACAAUUGUUAAGCUGAAACCAAAUCACAAGUUCACAACCAAACAGUUCUGUCUCUCACUCUUUUCUCUCCGUUUGCUCUGAUUUCGUGAGUGUCGAGGAUCAUGGGUAGGAAGUUCUUCGUUGGCGGUAACUGGAAAUGCAAUGGAACUACUGAGGAGGUGAAGAAGAUUGUCUCCACACUUAACGAUGGUCAAGUGCCUUCCCAAGAUGUUGUGGAGGUCGUGAUCAGCCCUCCAUUUGUGUUUCUUCCACUGGUAAAGAGUAUAUUGAGGCCUGAUUUUCAUGUUGCGGCACAAAAUUGCUGGGUCAAGAAAGGGGGUGCUUUCACUGGUGAGGUUAGUGCUGAGAUGCUUGUGAAUUUGGAUAUUCCCUGGGUCAUUCUUGGUCAUUCUGAAAGAAGACUUAUCCUAGGUGAAUCCAAUGAGUUUGUUGCAGACAAGGUUGCAUAUGCACUUUCUCAAGGUUUGAAGGUAAUUGCCUGUGUUGGUGAGACUCUUGAGCAGCGAGAAUCAGGAUCAACCGUGGAUGUGGUUGCUGCACAAACCAAGGCAAUUGCAGAAAAAGUGUCAAAUUGGGCCAAUGUUGUUUUGGCUUAUGAACCUGUGUGGGCUAUUGGAACUGGGAAGGUCGCUACUCCGGCUCAGGCUCAGGAAGUACACUUCGAAUUAAGGAAGUGGCUUCAAGCAAACGUCAGUCCCGAUGUUGCUGCAACAACUCGUAUUAUCUAUGGAGGAUCUGUUAACGCUGCCAACAGCAAGGAGCUUGCAGCUAAGCCUGAUGUUGACGGGUUUUUGGUUGGUGGAGCUUCUUUGAAGCCUGAGUUCAUCGACAUAAUCAAGUCCGCUGAGGUGAAGAAUGCUUGAAGCACUUGAACUGGUGGUGAUAGAUGUGACUUGGAACCUUUUUCUUUCGAAGAUAGUUGAGUCUGCUCUGCACAAUCUAUAGAAACUUGUUGAGAAAUAAUCUUUACCCACUCCACUCGGAUCAGUACCUAGAGCUGGAAUUUAUGUAUGAAUAAAUGAUUUGAUUUCAUGCAUCUAAAAAGUUAGCGGUUUGUUUUCUAUUUUUCUUGGGGGCCAGUUUCAUGUACGAAGAUUUAUGAAAAAGAUUUUUGACAAAUAUUAUCCUAGAAUGUUCAUUCUAAUGGUGUAUAAACCAUUGGGGAUAAUUACCAUAA